CUGUGGUCUUGCCCCUAGGCAAGGUGGGAGAUGCCGGCCACCUGCGCCUUUCCCAGCCUGAGGACUCCCAGGUGGGUGGGGCUGGGCGCAGGGAUUGGCUUACAGGGCCGGUAAAGGCAAGAGGUUGACGGAGGCAGGCGGGAGGAUUGGCGGAGCCGGGCUGCGGCCACCAUCACGUUUGCCAGGCCCAGUACCCUGCGAGCUGGGGCUGCUUGGUGACCCACUUCUGAGUGCCCUGCACAACCAUGGACCCCGGUAGCCAGAGCUGCGCACUCUCCUCGCUCUAUGUGGGCGAUCUGCACCCCGACGUGACUGAAGCUAUGCUCUAUGAGAUGUUCUCCCCCAUCGGCAAUAUUCUGUCCAUUCGCGUGUGUCGGGACGUGGCCACCCGGCGCUCGCUAGGCUAUGCCUACAUCAACUUCCAGCAGCCUGCUGAUGCGGAACGGGCACUGGACACAAUGAACUUUGAGAUGAUCAAAGGCCAGCCCAUCCGGAUCAUGUGGUCCCACCGAGACCCAGGGCUUCGAAAGUCUGGUAUGGGCAACAUCUUUAUCAAAAACUUGGAGAAUUCUAUCGACAACAAGGCUCUCUAUGACACCUUCUCCACCUUCGGGAGCAUCCUCUCUUCUAAGGUAGUGUAUAAUGAACAUGGAUCACGGGGCUUCGGCUUUGUGCAUUUUGAGACCCAUGAGGCUGCCCAGAAGGCCAUCAACACCAUGAACGGGAUGUUGCUGAAUGACCGAAAAGUCUUUGUAGGCCACUUCAAGUCUCGACAGAAGCGGGAGGCAGAGCUGGGGGCUCGGGCCCUGGGGUUCACCAACAUCUACGUGAAGAACCUGCAUGUGGACAUGGAUGAGCAGGGCCUCCAGGACCUCUUCUCCCAGUUUGGAAAGAUGCAGAGUGUGAAAGUGAUGAGAGACAACAAUGGCCAAUCCCGGGGCUUUGGCUUCGUCAAUUUUGAGAAGCAUGAGGAAGCCCAGAAGGCCGUGGACCACAUGAAUGGAAAGGAUGUGAACGGGCAGCAGCUGUACGUGGGUCGGGCCCAGAAGCGGGCAGAGCGGCAGAGCGAGCUGAAGCGCAGGUUUGAGCAGAUGAAGCAGGAGAGGCAGAACCGCUAUCAGGGUGUGAACCUUUACGUGAAGAACCUGGAUGACUCCAUUAACGACGAGAGGUUGAAGGAAGUUUUCUCUGCCUAUGGAGUGAUCACCAGUGCCAAGGUGAUGACAGAAAGUAGCCACAGCAAGGGGUUUGGCUUUGUCUGCUUUUCCUCUCCAGAAGAGGCAACGAAGGCCGUGACGGAGAUGAAUGGGCGCAUUGUGGGUACUAAGCCUCUGUAUGUGGCCCUGGCACAGCGCAAGGAGGAGCGGAAGGCCAUUCUGACCGACCAGUAUAGGCAGUCCCUCUCUCGUCCCGUCUUGAGCUCCUUCCAGCAGCCUGCCAGCUACCUACUGCCUGCUGUAUCCCAGUCCACAGCACAGGCUAUAUACUAUGGUUCGGGCUCCAUGACUCCAAUGCAACCUGACCCCAGGUGGACAGCCCAGCCACACGGACCUUCGUCCACCUGCCCUCCAGCUGCCUCGGUGGUCCAACCACUAAGCACGAUGCAGCACACAUGUUUUCACCUCAGCAGUGCCAGCCAGGCCUCCAGUCAGCUGCCUCACACGCAGAGAGUAGUCAACAUUGGUACUCAGACUACAGGACCAGGUGGGGAGGGACGCUCUAUUCCAGGCCAGCCUCUCCUGACACAUAGAGGAUCUUCAGCUGUACACAGUGCCCAUGGGGUCCAGGAGUCAGCUGUGUAUGUCCCUGGCCAUCAACCCCUGACUGUGUCCAUGCUGGCUGCCGCGCCCCUGCACGAGCAGAAACAAAUGAUUGGGGAGCGACUCUUCUCCCUCAUCCACGACACCUGUGCCUCACUGACUGCCAAGAUCACAGGCAUGCUGCUGGAGAUGGACAACCUGGAGCUUCUGUUUUUGCUGGAGUCCCCAGAGUCCCUCCAUGCCAAGGCAGGUGGAGGCUGGGAGGCAGCCCAGCAAAGAGCGAGGGCUGGCCUAGAUAGGUUGUGGCAGCCGACAUCCAUCUGCUGCGUCUUAGUGGGGGGUUCCCAACUUCGGUCCCUCCACAGAGAAGCUCUGUGUAGCUCCCUAGUGAAGCUUCAGCACAAACAGCUGUGUUCUGACUGUACAGUCACGUCCAGCCCUGGCACCUCGAUUUGAGAAGGUGGCAGUGGGGGCUGGGAUCUUGUGAGCAGCAGAGGAUGAGGGCUCCUCACGAGUCCAUGAGGCAAGCGAAGUCAUGGCUCUUGUGAGGCCCCGUUGGGCAGCUGCAUUAAGCCCCUCUCUCUUGUGUCCCGCAGAUAGAAGAGGCGCUGGAGGUGUUGCGGGUGCAUCAGGAAAUGGAGUCUGUGGAAGGCAACAGGACCUGAAAACAGUGGGUGGCUGGGGGUGGGAGGACCCACGACAGAACAGCUGAGCCGCUCUCAGCUGGAGAGACCCUGGAGAGACCCCAGCAGAGGCUGGCAUUUAAGAACUCACUGCCAUGUGCCGGUGGCUUUGUCUGAAGCGCGAAGGAGUUUGGUGAGGCUGAGUCAUAGGAGACACACAGAGCGGCUGGAGUGUCCUCAAGCCAGCGGCCCUGCCAGGCCUCAGGGUUUACUGCCUGGCUCCGCUCUGCUCAUCUGAAGGCCUGGUCUGCUGUGAGUCAGUCCAUCUUCUUAAGACGGGGUGUCCUGCAUACUUUAGGAACUUUUUUUUCCUCCCCCCACUGAAAAUUGAACCCUCCCACCACUUGACUGCUGAGUACAGCAUUUCUGCUUUUGGUUCUAAGGUCCUGUGAACUCUAACUUAUUUCCUGAUUGGUCUCUCUGUUCUUGAGCUAUAGAUGUGUAAAUGAA